UUAUCAAUUUUAGGUGACAAAACCUUGGAUGGCUAUCAAAAGAAGAAAUAUGUCUGCAAACUGCUGUUUAUCUUCUUACUGGGUCAUGACAUUGACUUUGGCCACAUGGAAGCUGUCAACUUGCUCAGUUCCAAUAAAUACACAGAGAAACAGAUCGGUUAUCUCUUUAUCACAGUGCUCAUCAGUGCUGGCAGUGACCUCAUGAAAUUGGUCAUUCAGUCAAUCAAGAAUGACCUUAACAGCCGCAACCCAGUACAUGUUAACCUAGCUUUACAGUGUGUUGCCAAUAUUGGCAGCCGAGAAAUGGCAGAAAACUUGGGGACGGAGAUUCCACGUUUACUCGUAUCCGGGGAGACUAUUGACUCUGUAAAGCAAAGUGCAGCCUUGACAUUGCUGCGUUUAUUGCGCACUUCACCUGACUUGAUCCAGAUGGGUGAAUGGACAUCUCGUGUUAUUCACUUGUUGAAUGACCAACAUAUGGGUGUUGUCACCUCUGCUGCAAGUCUUAUUGAAGCUCUUGUGAGAAAGAAUCCUGAGGAAUACAAAGGCUGUGUGUCAUUGGCUGUAUCUCGGUUGAGCAGAAUUGUUACUUCAUCAUACACUGACCUUCAGGAUUACACUUACUAUUUUGUUCCUGCACCUUGGUUAUCAGUGAAGUUGCUAAGGCUGCUACAGAAUUAUCCUCCUCCAGAGGAUCCAGCCGUUCGCACACGUCUCACGGAAUGCUUGGAAACUAUACUCAACAAAGCACAAGAAGCACCGAAAUCUAAAAAGGCACAGCAUUCCAAUGCCAAAAAUGCAGUAUUGUUUGAAGCGAUAAAUCUAAUCAUUCACAUGGACAGUGAUCCUAACCUUUUAGUUAGAGCUUGUAACCAACUUGGACAGUUUCUUCAGCACAGAGAGACCAACCUCAGGUAUAUUGUGCUUUUAUCCAUGUGCCAUUUAAGUUUUAGCCAUUUCUCCUAUAAAUUGAUUCUUCUCACCAACUUGUACAAAACAAGAGAUUGUUAUUGUUUAAUUCUUCUUCAGACGGAACGAGAUGUGAGUGUGCGUCAGCGAGCUGUCGACUUAUUAUAUGCCAUGUGUGACAGGACCAAUGCGGAAGAGAUUGUGGCAGAAAUGUUGGAAUAUCUGGAAUCUGCUGAUUACUCCAUUCGAGAGGAAAUGGUCCUAAAAGUGGCCAUUUUAGCUGAGAAAUAUGCUGUAGAUUACACCUGGUAUGUGGAUGUAAUUCUAAACCUGAUCCGAAUUGCUGGAGAUUAUGUGAGUGAAGAGGUCUGGUAUCGAGUUAUCCAGAUUGUCAUUAACAGAGAUGAUGUACAAGGAUAUGCUGCCAAGACAGUCUUUGAAGCUCUACAAGCUCCUGCCUGUCAUGAAAACAUGGUCAAAGUUGGAGGUUAUAUUCUGGGCGAGUUUGGCAACCUUAUUGCUGGUGACCCAAGAUCAAGUCCUAUUGUUCAGUUUGAGUUACUCCAUUCAAAAUACCACUUAUGUGGAGCAGCUACCAGAGGCUUGCUACUCUCAACUUAUAUUAAAUUUGUUAAUUUGUUUCCUGAGAUUAAAUCAUCUAUUCAAGAGGUCCUUAAAAGUGGUAACAACUUAAAAAAUCCAGAUGUAGAAAUCCAGCAACGUUCAAUGGAAUAUUUACAGCUCAGUACUGUGGCCACUGCUGAUGUCUUGGCUACUGUUUUGGAAGAAAUGCCUCCAUUCCCGGAACGUGAGUCUUCGAUUUUGGCUAAACUGAAGAAAAAGAAGCCAUCAAGUGUGCCCGAAACAGCAGAAAUAAAGGAACAUAAACAUAUACCUCAGGCCCAGAUCAGCAACAAUUUGGAACAUGCUAGCUCACCUCCAUCAUCACAGGUCUGUUUUGAAAAAUUUGCAAUCUCUUCACCAUUUCCGCAUUCCACUCCUAGCAACACAGGUGUCUCUAUAGAUCUUCUCGGGCUGGGAUCUUCUACACCUUCCACUACAAAUAAGCUAACAUCAGCAAGUGGUCUGCUGGUUGAUGUUUUUGCUGAUAAUUACCCCACUGCAUCAAACGGCUUAGAAUCAUCCGGACUAACGUUGGGAGCAGAUGAAAGUUUUAAAAAGCAUGGCCAAAUGGUUCUGGGUUCAGCCUCACUGUGUGGCACCUUUGGAUUUAUCUGUAAAAACAAUGGUGUGCUUUUUGAAAAUGACCUUUUGCAAAUUGGAGUUAAAUCUGAAUACAGAUGCAACUUGUGCCGAUUAGGAAUGUUUUACGGAAACAAAACAUCAUUCCAUUUCACAGGUUUCUCCGUUGAUAUAGAAUGUUCAGAUAGAAUUAGCAUACAGUUGAAUAUACAACCAAAACCUGUUGGAACUGUAAUAGAAGGUGGGGCUCAGGUCCAGCAGAUAUUCAACAUAGAAUGUGUUGAAGAGUUUACUGAAUCACCAAUUGUUCACAUAAAAUUCAUGUAUAGUGGUGCUCAACAGAAAAUCAGUUUAAAGUUACCUGUUACUCUAAACAAAUUUAUUGAAUCAGUUGAAAUGAAUACCGAAGUAUUCUUCGCUCGAUGGAAAGCACUCAAUAAUCCCCAGCAAGAAUCCCAGAAGAUAUUCCAGGCUCAGAAUCAAAUGGAUGCAGAACAAUCAAAGGCCAAGAUUCUUGGCUUCAACUUGAGUGUUUUAGAAGGCAUUGAUCCUAAUAAAGAUAACUUUGUGUCAGCUGGUAUCUUACACACCAAAUCCCAGCAGAUUGGUUGUUUAGUACGAUUAGAACCCAACUUACAAGCUCAGAUGUAUCGUUUGACCGUCAGAGCAAGUAAAGAUACAGUGCCGAAGGCUAUUGGGGACCUGUUGGCAAUACAGUUCUGAGUGGAGAAAGAAUAAAGAUAAUACUUUUGACAUUAACAUCAUCUGUGAACUUUCUUCCUGGCAGAUAAAGAGUUAAUUAAAUAUAUAAAAUAUAAAUGAAACAAGAUUGCAUAUGACAGCAUUAACAAAACAUGUUGUGAUGAAAAUGAAAGGCAAAAAUUAAAGAAAGAAAACCAAACGGGAGAAAAAAAACAUGAGGAUGAUCGAUUCUUUCUUUAGAAUUAAUAAAUAUGUGUCCAAAAUUGUUAAUUUUUAUCUACCUUGCCAUGUCCAGUGUAGUAUUUGACUGGUGUUCAGUACAAUAUGAGGAAGAGGAGACAACUUGGCUUAAGUUUAGAUGGAAAAAAAAAAAGGAAUAAAUGAAUAAAAAAAAGUGGUAACUGAAUUCAAAAGACAAACUAAUGCUAGGCAUCGAAAUGGCAGGAGUGCAUGGGGAAGAGAAUCUAGAUUUAGGUAAAUUACCAGCCAACAGUUUUCAAUGUAUUUGUGAAUGGUUAAAGAAAAAAACAAAAAACAAAAAGCAAAAACAAAUAAAAGCAGCAGCGUAUAAAAAAUAAACAAACAAACAAGUUUAAUACUUCUUUGAAUGGAAAACAAAAAGGAACUGUUGUUGACUGGUAGUGUGUUUCUUAGUUGACUUUGAGAUGUUUUUUUCAAUACCAACAAAAAAAAAAAACAACUUUAAAAAAGAAGAAAAGUGUGAAUAAAAAAAAAAAGGAAGUCUAAAUAAUUCACAAUUCCAUCAUAAAGACCAAAGCUCCAACAUU